UGACAUAACAUAACCUAAAAAAAGUUUCCACUAUAACCUUAAAUAUUGUUUGUUUUCAUGUCAGAAGUAAGUGUUUAACUUUGUUUUUAUAAUUAUGACUGAGACUAAUGAUACGAAACAUGAAAUCGAAACUGAAUCAACAGAAAACACAGCUCUCAAGGAGGAAUAUGCUUACUUAGAUCGAGGUGGUUUUUCUUCAGAGAAAUUUAAGAUUGAACUUCGGGGACUUCCAAAGUUUUAUGGCAUAGCAGAAUUAAAGAAAUUAAUGAAUCAAAAACUAGGCUUGAACACAAGUAAAAUUAAACGUCCUAAAAAUGGAAGUCAUUGGCUAUUUGCAUGUUUCCAAAAUGAAGAGGAAAGGUUAAAAGCUAUAACAGCACUUAAUGGAUUUUCAUGGAAAGGUAAAAAACUCAUAGCUGAAGUUGCAAAGCCUGCUCCGGAUCCUCUAGUCAGAAAGAGGAAGUUGGAGGAAGAGGGAACUGGUUCUGAUAAGAAGGGAGUUGAAGAUAAUAAGAGUCAGGAAGAGAGAUUGAAAGAUGCUACUAUACCUUAUUGGAAUAUACCAUAUGAAGAACAGUUAAAACUCAAAGAGAAGGAAAUAAGAAAUAUUCUUAUGAAAUAUGAUAAUGAAAUAUGGAAAAUCAAUAAAGAAAGACGGGAUGAAAUAGAAGCCAAACGUAAACUGCACAAUGGAUUAAGUUUUGAUUUGAAACCUAUAGUACCAUCACCGGUGACAGAGGGGUAUCGGAAUAAAUGUGAAUUCACUGUUGGCAUUGAUGAUGAAACUAAGAAGCCUACAGUUGGUUUCAGACUGGGCAGUUACGUCACAGGCACCGUUGGCGUUGCCCCGAUACAAUCGUUAAAUCAUAUUUCAGAGCAGACAAAGAAAGCUGUCUUGAUAUUCCAAGAGUUUGUGAGGAGGUCGAAUUUGGCGCCAUUUUCACCCGCCGACUACUCCGGGUAUUGGAGAUAUCUGACAGUGAGGCAUUCCAAGUUCAAUGGAGAUAUAAUGCUGAUCAUUGCUCUGCACCCACAGAAUUUAACAACAGAUGAAUUGGAGAAACUGAAAACAGAUUUAAAAGAACAUUUUAGUUCUGAAGAAUCUACAGCAUGUGGGAUAAAGUCUAUAUGUUACGAAUUAAUUAUUAAAAAACGUGUUGGUGAAGACGGUCCUAAGCCAAUACAUCUGAUGGGUUCAACUCACAUCAUUGAUGUUAUCUUAGGAAGGCAAUUCAGGAUAUCACCUGAAGCAUUCUUUCAGGUAAAUACAGCGGGUGCAGAAAUAUUGUAUCAAAAUGCGAUAGAUUUAAGUCAAACGACAAAUGAUUCUACUGUAAUUGAUAUAUGCUGUGGCACUGGAACCAUUGGCUUGUGCUUUGCAAAGCAUUGCGGCCGCGUGCUUGGCGUGGAGUUAGUAGCAGAGGCGGUUCGCGACGCGCGCGCUAACGCGGAGCUGAACGCGGCGGAUAACUGCGAGUUCUUCUGCGGACGCGCCGAGGAUGCGCUGCCUUCGGUGAUGGCGCGCGCAGGAGGAGAACAGCUUGUCGCGUUACUUGACCCGCCGCGCGCUGGACUGCAUAUGCGAGCUAUAACACAACUACGGAACACGAAGAAAGUGAAACGUUUGAUAUACAUAUCGUGUAGCCCGGCGUCGGCUGUUAAGAACUUCGUGGAUUUAGCACGCGCGUCUUCUAAGACCCUGCGAGGCGCGCCAUUCACACCGGUACGAGCUGUGCCGGUUGACAUGUUCCCGAACACCAAACAUGUCGAGCUGGUCGUACUCUUCGAAAGAGAAAGCGAUACUACUCAAAAAUCUCCCGACGAAGAAAAUGUAAAUAUAACAAUGGAGGACAAUAAAGAGAUAAAAAGCGAGGAUCCACAGAACUCCGAAGCAGUAGUAGAUGUAAAUAUGGUUAAUAAUGAAACAUGACUAAUAUAAAUUGUAAUGAAUCAAUUGUUGGUAGACAACAUUAUUUUUUUACUAUAUAAAUGAU